AUGGCAAAUAUUAUUGAUACAUGUUGUGUAAAUAUACCAAUAACAAAAACUGAUAAAAAUAAUAAUACAACAGCUAAUAUUGAUAAUGAAAUUAGUUUACCGUCUGAACAGUUUGAUGUUUUACAGAAUGGAACUAAUGAUAAAUCGGAGAAUACGAAUUGUACCGAUAAUCAUCAUCUUUCAACAAACGAUGAUAAUAUAAUAACAACAAAUGUUAUUUCAUUAUCUACUGAUGAAAAUGAUAUAUUAGAAUCUUCUAUUGAUAUAACAAAUCCUUAUAAAGAUUUUUCUGGUAUUGAUACAGAAUCAUUUAUAACAACAACAUUACGUAAUAAUCCAAAAGAUCGAACAUUAUUAUUAAGUCUUGAAAAAAUUUUUCAACAAUUUAUUCAAAAUGAAGAACAAACAUUACAUCAAUUUCAAGCAAUGAAUUCUUAUGAACGAAUGAUUGUUCAUCGUGUAGCUGCUUUUUAUGGUCUUGAUCAUAAUGUUGAUAAAAAUGGACAAUCAAUUAUUGUUACGAAAACACCAAAUACUCGAAUUCCAAAUAUUUCAUUUCAAAAUUUUAUUCCUAAUGAUGAAUCAUCUAAUGGUGCUAAUAUAAUAUUAAAUUCUUCAAAUGAUAAUACAACACGUCGUAUAUCAUCACGUCGAAAUGAAAAAUAUUCUAAUCAAAAAAUAUCAUUUGAACAUAAAAAUCAUUAUACAGAAACACGUGAUAAAAUAUCAAAUAAAAUAAAUCGAAAACAACAACAACAACAACAACAACAACAACAACGUUUUAAUAUAAAUCAUCAUAUACAACAAACAAAUAUUCCAACAUCAACUCAUAUAAUUAAUACAAGAACUCAACCGAUCUAUCCAACAACAAUAAAUUCAUAUUAUCCACAACAACAACAACAAUUAAUUGAUCAUAAUUAUAAACAACAAACAAAUAGUUCACCUAUGUAUAAUUAUGUACCAAUGUUAUCACCAACAACAUUUCAACAUGGAAAUAGUAUUCCAUUACCUAUAUUACUUCAUCAACAACCAACAGGUCAAAUUCAAUAUGUAUUUCCUACGCACAGUUUACAACAACAACAACAACAACCAUUAUCAUUCGAUGGACAAUAUUUACCUAUUUAUCGAUCCGAUGUAAUACAACCAUCAAUUGUUGAUAAUAAUCCUUAUUCUCAACCACCUUUUGUUCAUUUAUAUCCAACACAUUCUUAUCCUCAAACACAACAAACAGCAUUUAUUCAACCAGCUCCGUCUUUUAUGAUUCCACCUAAUAAUUCUACAUCAAUACAAUAUGCAACAAAUCAAUUAGCUACAUUAAAUUUACAAUCUCAAUAUGAUAAUUUACGUAUUUCACAAACAAAUAAUACAAUAAAACCUUUUAUUCAAUCAUCAACAAAUGGAUUACAUCGAAUGCCUAUUUAUCAUCAUUAUCGUCAAAACCGUCCAUUAAAUACAAAUAAUAUUGAUAAACAAUUAACACCAAUCGAGAACGAUAUUAAAUCUACAAUAAAUAAUAAAUCUGAACAGAUUUCAUUAUUAGAAACAACACAAGAAAAAAAAGAUUGA